UGGCGCUGCACCUCAUUUUAUAGUAUCUUUGGACUAGGCUGCUCUUUCGACAAGGCCUUUGUCGAGUCUUUCUUUUUGAGACAGCCGAAUUGUAAUUACGUGUUGUGGAUUUUCCCUUGUCUGAAGAAUCUAUUUCCAUCAGGCAUUUACUUAGAUCUAAAAGUGUUGAAAAAUGACUGAAACGCUUCAGCUGAGGGGCACGUUGCGUGGCCACAAUGGAUGGGUUACUCAAAUCGCCACGAAUCCGAAAUAUUCUGAUCUAAUUUUGUCUGCUUCGCGUGACAAGACUUUAAUAGUCUGGAAGUUAACUCGUGACGAAGCUAACUACGGUAUCCCUCAAAAGCGCCUUUACGGGCAUUCUCACUUCAUCAGCGAUGUUGUCCUUUCCUCUGAUGGCAAUUACGCACUCUCCGGCUCCUGGGACAAGACCCUGAGAUUGUGGGACUUGGCUGCCGGUCGUACCACCAGGAGAUUCGAAGAUCAUACUAAGGAUGUUCUAAGCGUCGCCUUUUCAGUUGACAAUCGCCAAAUCGUGUCCGGAUCGAGGGACAAGACCAUCAAGCUUUGGAACACCUUAGCUGAGUGUAAGUACACGAUCCAGGAUGAUGGACACAGCGAUUGGGUUAGUUGCGUGCGUUUCUCUCCAAAUCAUUCGAAUCCCAUCAUCGUCUCUGCUGGCUGGGAUCGAGUUGUCAAGGUAUGGAAUUUGACCAACUGUAGAUUGAAGAUCAAUCAUAAUGGUCACUCUGGUUACCUGAACACCGUAACUGUAUCUCCUGAUGGGUCCCUCUGUGCAUCGGGUGGCAAGGAUUGCAAGGCCAUGUUGUGGGACUUAAACGAUGGAAAACACUUGCACACAUUGGACCAUAAUGACAUCAUAACUGCCUUGUGCUUUAGUCCCAACCGUUAUUGGCUGUGCGCUGCUUUUGGACCCUACAUCAAGAUUUGGGAUCUUGAAAGCAAAGAAAUGGUUGAAGAGCUAAAACCAGAAAUCGUGUCUGCAACGAGUAAGGCUGAGCCUCCUCAGUGCUUGUCUCUGGCCUGGUCUACUGAUGGCCAAACUCUAUUUGCCGGUUAUUCUGACAACACUAUCCGAGUAUGGCAAGUUUCUGUCUCCACGCGAUAGAUCCUUUUUGUAUAAAAUUGCGAAAAAUAAACGUUCUUGAUUAAAG